UCAUUGUCAUGAUAGCAAAUGUAACCGUCUACGGCUCGUUGGGUAUAAUGACACUGCACUUCGUGCUUGUAACGCUGCAUAUCAACUCCUCCUUUGAAGUUAUCAACAAAUGUCUUGCGGAUAUUCUCUCUGAGAUAAGUCGUGAAACGUCCAAUCAUAAUCCAAACAGAAAUGAAAUAAGUCUUUCAUACAUUCCAAUAACUUCGAUCAACAAGGCUAUAGACUUACUUGGCAAUAUGGAAAGAGAUAUAAAAAUGACACCAAGGAUGAAAUUGGCACGACAAAUCAGUGCACUAUCAAACGGUUUCGUUCGAACAUGCGAAGUGAUGAGAGACCUAAACGAUACUGAAAACAUCUUCCUGCUCGUCCACGUCGUGGUCAUCACUAUGUACUUAGUAAUCACUUUAAAUAAUCUCAUACAAGCAGCGUGCUGUAUUACAGACCUCAAAUAUGUGUUAAUCGCGACAGAGUGUGUCUGGUUUGCCUGCCACACCUUGAGAAUUGUACUGAUCGUGCAGCCCUGCCAUCGUAUCCAAGAAGAGUUAUCACAAACAAAGAUGCUGGUUGCCCGCAUAAUGUGCGAGGUGAUUCAUGAGGCUGAUCCACUUUUUGACGAGAUGGAUAAUUUCUUCAAGCUGUUACAUCUCAAUGACGUUUCUAUCUCAGUGAUGGGAAUUUUCUCUCUUGGAAGAUCGACAAUAUCGACAAUUAUUGGUGGUGCUACGACUCUAUACGUAGUUCUAUUGGAACUUUAAAAUCAUUCUGUUACUUUUAACUUCAGUUGGUAGUAUGAGUUCCUAAGUAAAUUAAAAUAUAUUAUUUUUCAAUUAAGUACCUA